UACAUGGAAUAACUUGCGAAUUCCUUUUUUUUUGUUAAGAAGACUAAGAGUAAAAGAUGUUUUAUAUGACACAUUCUACCAGUGUCCCAAGUUUCAAAGUGUUUCGUUAAGAAAAUACUGGCGCCCCCGUUUUAAAAUAGAUCCGAGUUCAGUGUCCAAAAAGAAAACAAAAUGCCUUGUGGUGUUCAGUCACGCCCAUUAUAUUCUGAAGUCAAGUCCUGCCGUAGCAAAGUAAUAAACAGCAUUUCGUAAAGUAAAUGAAUCAGAGUGCGAACUAAUGUUGUUCGGUUGAAGUACGAAUAUGUUAAGUGGUAGAUAUAUUCAUGCGUUGAAUAUAUUACUGUUUAACACAGAAGAUGGCAUCUACACGUGGUCCGAAUAUUUUGAUAACAGGCACACCUGGUACAGGUAAAUCUACUCUAGGCAAUGAGUUAGCUGAGAAAUGUAAUCUAACUUACGUCAGUGUUGGAGAACUAGCCAAAGCCAAUUCUCUCUUUGAUGGAUGGGAUGAGGACUAUGGCUGUCCUAUUUUGGAUGAAGACCAGGUCAUCGAUGAAUUGGAAGAACAAAUGCAGCAAAAGAAUGGAACAAUAGUGGAAUAUCACACAUGUGAAUUUUUCCCAGAACGCUGGUUUGAUGCUGUCAUUGUACUAAGGACUGACAAUACCAUUCUCUACGAUCGACUCCAAAGCAGAGGAUAUUGUGGCAAGAAAUUGGAGGACAAUAUACAGUGUGAAAUAUUCCAGACAAUCCUAGAAGAAGCUCGUGAAUCCUAUAAACCUGAAAUUGUCCAGGAGUUAGCAAGCAAUACACCCGAUGAUAUGGAAGAUAACUUAAAUAAAAUUGCAACAUGGGUCGAGCAAUGGAGACUAACCAACUAAAAUAUUUUUUUAUCUCCGUAUUUAUGUUUUAGUCUUGUCUGAUUUGUAUUAAUAAAUUAUAUAUAUUCUA